GAAAGUUCAAAACAAAGGAAGAAAUCCUAAAGUAAAAAACCAUGAAAAGAUAGAAGAGAAUUCUGAAAAUGCUUUUAAGGUAAAGAAUGCUGUUAAGCAUUCUAAGGAAAGCGAGAAGGAUCUUAAGAAAAAGAAUAUAUAG